AUGGUGGCUAAUUUUCGUCGAUCGCUUUCUUUUCCGAAUCAGCCAUCACCUAAGCCACCACAGAGGAAGAAAACCUUCCAUGUCAGAUCAACGAGUCUGCCAUGCAGCACUCAUCCUCUUGUUUCCCAGCUCAAGGACUCGAUAUCCGACCUCAAAACCUCGAUUUCCAAGCCAGAUAAUCGGAAUUCAGCUUGGAUUUGUGAUGCCCUGUGCCAGCUCAAAUCAGUUCAUGAGUCACUUGACGAUCUUCUUCAGCUGCCUCAAACUCGUGAGGCGCUAAGAGAGCGAAGCGCUUGGGUAGAGAAGGUUCUAGAAGAUUUUCUCCGGUUCGUGGAUGUUUAUGGAAUAUUUCAGGCUUUGGUCUUGACGUUGAGGCAAGAACAUAUGGCGGCGCAGAUGGCUGUGAGGAGAAGAGAUGACUCUAAGAAUGCUCUGUACGUGAAGGCCUUGAAGAAAAUGAGUAAAGAAAUGUGUGGCCUAAUGUCUUCACUUCAAACCAUGGGAAAAUCUUGGAAUUUGGAGCAGAGAACCUUGUCUAUGUUUGAUAAUGGUGAUGCUGAAAUCGAACAAAUUAUUAUGGAUGUUAAUCAAGUCACAAUUAUGGUGUCAGCUGCCCUUUUUAGCGGAAUUUCAGCCUCGUUUUCCUCGCAACAAACGACGUGGAAGGGACUGAGAUUACCCAAGAAGCAAGUGAAGAUGGAGGAAAAUAUUCAAGAAUUGGAACAGGUUGGAGCAGAGAGUUCGUGGGCUCUGAGCAAGAAAGGUGAUGACAAGGUGAAGACACUGGUGAAGAAAAUGCAUGAAAUGGAGGAUUGUUUGUGUGGCAUUGAAUGUGGAGCUGAGAAAUUAUUCAGAAGUUUGAUUAAUUCUAGGGUUUCAAUGCUCAAUGUCCUCACACAAUAG